AUGCCUAUCGAGAUUCGGACUGCGCUUGAACGUGAUCUCAAGCGAUGCGCAGAAAUUGGACACGUAGCCUUUGGGAAAUGUGCAUUCAAUAAAAUCAUGUUUCCUGGUUAUGAACCGAAGGAUGGAUUCUUGGGGCUUCGUACAACCGACCUCGUCAGGCAACUUCGAGAUGAUCCGACCGUUCGAAUGUUUGUAGCAAUAGACACGGAACGAAGGAGUGGCUGCGAAAUUGUUGGGUUUGCCAAAUGGCACGUCUACCAAAACGGUAUGCCGUCAAGCAAAACGAAGCUGCAUUCCUGGGGAAGUAGCUGUAAUGUGGAGGCCUGUAAUUUGGUAUUUGGCGGCGUGGGGGAAAUGCGAGACCGUUUGAUACAAGGCAGGCCUUGCAUCUAUCUUCAUAUUCUAGUGACAGAACCCCAGUAUCAACAUCGUGGCGUGGGGCAAAAUCUUCUCGCGUUUGGUAUUCAGGAGUCUCUUCGACUAGAACUUCCGGCUUACCUCGAGGCAACGGAGGCUGGCCAUUCUCUCUACCAAAAAGCCGGUUUCGACGACGUCGAAGUACAUCGGGCUGACUUGACCAAGUUUGGGGGGCAUCGUCCUUGCAUGACAUGGGGAAUGAUUCGAGAGCCAUACUCCUGGUUUCCAUAA